AGUAAGCAAUUUGUAUGACACCGCAUGUGAGAACAGUCUGUGCCAAUUUAACGUGUCCGACUUAAUCAAUCAUAGGUGUUAAAGAGAAACCGAGAAACCAUCAAAAGCAGAGCCCAGAAUGGCCUGUAUGUUGGUUGUUCCUGCAUUCUCAAGUAACCCAGUUGCUGCAACUGCACUUGCAAUAGGAAUCUCAUCUGUCUCCCACUUCACCUUUCCAAGAUCACACUGAUAAGGUCCCAGCACCUCUCUCAUCUAAAUUUAUAACCCUACACCUGAUCUAGCGAUUGAUUGAUCAGCUCGAUCCAACAGUUUUUUCAAACUAUAAAUGGCUCAGCCGAUCUUCCGUCCUCCACACCAGUAAUCACUUGCUCAAUCUACCAUUAAGAAGAAAAGGAAAACCAAGAAAGAAGAGAAUCCGAAGUAAACCAAAUAUUAGGAAAGUCACAAUGAGUUUGGACCACCUCCAUUUCCCACUCCUACUUCUCUCCGUCCUCUCCAUCACUAUCACCACAUUAGCAGCAACUCUGGCACCAGCUCAAGCGCCUUCACCAGCAAAGGCUGCUCUUCCGCCCUCACCACCACCUCCCCUGCCUCCAUCCCCGUCCAAGACCCGCAAGCACGACAUCAUCCAGAUCCUUGAGAAGGAAGGAGAUUUCACCGUCCUACUGCGGAUGUUGAGGAGCACCCAUGUGGCGGACCAGAUCAACUCCCAGCUCAAUGACUUCAAUGAUGGGCUAACAAUCUUUGCCCCGACUGAUGAUGCCUUUGCGCAGUUGAAGCCUGGGGCCCUGAACUCGAUGUCGGAUGAGCAGCAGGUAGAGCUUAUGCAGUUCCAUGUGGUCCCCACCUUGCUGUCCAUGACGCAGUUCCAGACUGUCAGCAACCCGUUAAUGACUAAGGCUGGUGGGAACAAGCCCGGUGAGUUCCCACUUAACGUCACCAGUAAUGGUGACAGGGUGUCACUCUACACAGACAGCACCGAGGCCUCUGUGGAGAGAACACUGUUUACAGAUAACCGCCUCGCUGUUUACCAGGUGAACAAAGUGCUUCUCGCUAAGAGAAUAUUUCCUAAGAUGGCGGCCCUUGCCCCGACUCAGCCCAAGCAACAGGAGGAGCCUGCUUCCGAGGUAACAACUUCGGCAUCAAAUGGUUUAUUGUCGGUCAAAGUUUAUGCCCAAGCAGUCGUGGCCAUUGGAAUAUCUAUUGUUGCCAUGGUUUGGUCAUGACAGGGGCUAUCCUGUCACCUGAUGCUCCGCUUUCUGUCUGGUUUUCAUGUCUACUCAUUUGUGUUUUACUUUCAAUGUUUCUUUUUCAUCAAUGUUUUUGAGUUGGAUUGAAGUGUCAUACUCAGAACACAAGGAUUGAAAUGUCGAAAGCUUCUUGAGUUCCCAAUAUCUGCCGAUUCUUUGGAUGUAAUGUGUGAAGAGAUCCAUUUGCUAAGAAUUCCUUGUUCUGUUUUCUGUUCAGUUUCGAAUCUUAAAAUAUUGCUUUCAUUUUUA